CGCGUCAUUCGUUACCGACCCGACCGGCGUGCCUGCUGUCAAAAACUGUCUUGUGGAAGCGUUGAAAGUGUAUUGUAAAAAUAAUUUCCUAGAAUGGUGGAAAAUAACGAAAUCGAGCUCUCUGAAGCCGAAGCGGAGCAAUAUGAUCGUCAAAUUCGACUUUGGGGUCUCGAAUCUCAGAAGCGUCUACGUGCUUCUAAAGUAUUGAUCAUUGGUUUGACCGGUCUCGGUGCAGAGACUGCAAAGAAUAUUAUAUUGUCUGGAGUGAAGAGUGUCUGUUUACUUGAUAACGAAAAGCUUAAAGAAAUCGAUUUAUAUUCACAAUUUCUCGCGCCGCCUGACAAGGUAGGUGAAAAUAGAGCUGAAGCAUCAUUACAAAGAGCAAGGGCGUUGAACCCCAUGGUAGAUGUAUCUGCGGAAACCAAAGCCGUAGAUGAAUUGCCAGACACGUAUUUUACGUGUUUCGAUAUAGUAUGUGCGACUGGAUUGAAACAAGAACAGUUGGAGCGAAUCAACAAUGUCUGCCGUGACAGUAACAAGAAAUUCCUGUGUGGUGACGUUUGGGGCAUGUUCGGGUAUAUGUUUGCGGAUCUGGUGGACCAUGAGUACUCAGAGGAGAUAGUGCAGCACAAAGCUGCAAAACGCGGACCCGAUGACAAUGAAAAGAGUGCUAGAGAAACUGUCACUAUUACUGUGAAGCGCAGAGCCAUUUAUGUACCCCUGCAAAAUGCCUUGUCUGCAGAUUGGUCAAAACCAGAAUUACGUUCAAGAUUGCGCCGUGGAGACCCCUCAUACUUUGUGAUGAAAAUACUUCUUCGUUUCAGAGAUGAGUAUAAUCGUAAUCCUGAUCCGGCUAAGAGGAAAGCUGACACUGAAAUUCUCCUAAAAAUGAGAGAUGAGCUGGUCAAGGAGUUAUCAUUGCCUGCAGGUUUUGUGAGUGAUGCAUUGUUGUCAGAUGUUUUUGGCACAGUUUCCGGUGCAGCAGCAGUGGUUGGAGGUGUCAUCGGACAGGAAGUAGUGAAGGCUGUAAGCCAGCGAGAACCACCACAUAAUAAUAUGUUCUUUUUUAACCCAUUGAAGUGUGUUGGCUUUGUAGAACUUUAUGGUCAGUGAUCAUUCUCUAUAGAUUUUAAGUUUAAUUUGUGUAAGAAGAGUAAAAAUAAAUUAUUUAAGUACAUUA